GUAGCUGAAAAUCUAAUGGUUAUGCACGAGGAAUGCUUAGAAGGAAACUUUGUGACCAUUGAGCGUUAUAGGCAGGCCAUUGUUAACCAAGCUGCGCAUCCUCGUGCAGUGCCACAGAUUGUGAAUGAUAAGGAUGAUGAUGAGGAUGAGGAAGAUGAUGAUGUCCAAAGUGGUCAAAAUGGUGAAAGUAGUGCUAGGCAAGCCACUUCUUCAAACAUGGAUGUGGACAUUCCAAAAUCUGAGUCAAACAUGAGUUCAUGUAACAUGCGGAUUGAUGAUGAGCCUCUCAAAAAGGAUGCAGGUGAAGCAGAGGAUGGAUGGGUUGUAGUUUCAAAGAAAAAAAAUAAGGUUAGAAAAAAUUAGACGAAGAAUAGUUCAAAUUUUCCUUUAGGAUGGUGCAAUAUGAAUAGCUUGUGAAAAGAAGUGCACUUGCCAGAUAGCUUAAUAUUUUCUUUCUACCAUACUAUUUUGCUGUGGUGAUCAUUUAGCACAACUUGUUAGAUUCAAAAUUAGUUUUUCUGGUAGAAAGAUUUCAUCAAGAAUUUUGGUCCAUCGUUAGAUCUUACAACUUUAACCAUGACCCAUUUGUGUUUGUAUCCGCUUUUUAUUUUUAUUAUGGAGAAGGGAUUGGGAAGGGAUUGGGGUAGGACCUGUA